CGCCCUGCCCCGCCCCGCCCCGCCAGGUGCGCUCCACCCCCGGCCCGGCCGCCACCUCCUCUAACUUCCCAGCGUCCGCCGUUCGCAGUCCCGCCCCCCGGACGUUAGGCGUUGUGGAGUCCUAAGUCGCGGGAGAGUCGCCGAGUGUCGCCUGGCGUCCAGGGACGUGCUGGGAACCGACGAAGGCGUCGUACGCGCCAGAAGCCCGAAGAAGGGGCUUCCUGGGACCCGGGCGCCUCGCGGUCCCCUACCCGCUCCGGGCGCAGCCGCACCUGAGCUCGCGGGCCUCCAGUGCGCGUGCGCGCCCCUGGGCCUCCCGCACCUGCUCGAGAGUCCCCAACGGCCGGUGGCUCGAGGCCUGGCUCGCGGCGCGGGCGGCAGGUCAUGGCGCAGCUGGGCGGGCCGCGGCGGGGCCGGGCGCUCCUCGCCCUGUUAGCUUCGCUGCUCCUCUCCGGGGCCGAGGCGGCCGGCGGAGACCUAGACAUCCACGAGUCUUGUGGCGUUUCAAAGGUAGUGGGGAAAUGCCGGGCUUCCAUCCCCAGGUGGUGGUACAAUGUCACUGAUGAAUCCUGCCAGCCAUUUGUGUAUGGAGGCUGUGAAGGCAAUGGCAAUAACUACCAGAGCAAAGAGGAGUGUCUUGAGAAGUGUGCUGGUGUCACUGAGAACACCAUUGAUGGUGUGGCCAGGGACAGGAAUGGGGCCGACUCUUCCGUCCUGAGUGUUCCCAGAAAGCAGGACUCUGAGGACCUCUCUGGUGAGAUCUUCAGCUAUGAAGAAUACUGUGUCCCAAAGGCUGUCACUGGGCCUUGCCGCGCAGCCUUCCCUCGCUGGUACUAUGAUGCUGAGAAGAAUUCCUGUGACAGCUUCAUCUAUGGCGGGUGCCGGGGCAACAAGAACAGCUACCUCUCCCAGGAGGCGUGCAUGCAACGGUGCUCUGGCAAACAGGUGUAUCCUCUUCUGACCCUUGGAACAAAAGCGGUAAUCCUGGUGGGGCUGUUCGUAAUGGCCCUGAUCCUCCUCCUGGGAGCCUCUGUGGUCUGCCUGAUCCGUGUGGCACGCAGGAAGCAGGAGCGUGCUCUCCGCACCGUCUGGAGCACUGGGGAUGACAAGGAGCAGCUGGUGAAGAACACCUAUGUCUUGUAAAGGCCCUGAUGCUGGGAGAAGCAGGGAGGGAGAACACAUGCUUCUUAAAUUAGAGCAACUGCUUGUAUCUGUGAGAUCAUUAGGGAAGUUUGGUCUUUGGUUGCCAUGGUAAGGAGGGUCAGGGAGGCACUUCCUAGGCCUGUUUGGCUGCUUAGAUCCCCUGACUAGUCCUCUUAGUAGCUCUCUCUGCCUCUCCACCCAUGGCCUCCUUUAGCAUCACUAGUAGUCCUGGUAGCUUGCUUUCUUUGUUUGUUUGAUUUAUGUGGUUUUUUAAGUAGAUAAAGUUUUUUUUAAUUGGGAUUCUGAAAGGAAAAAAUAUAUGUUUAAUAAAAUGGGCCUUUUAAAAUAAA